UACAUCGAAAAGGCAAAUAGUUUACAUGUUUACUGAUUUCAUUUAACACCUAGACCAAUAUCGCGACUGGAAAAGAGAAUUCGAAUCAUGGCUGAUGCAUUUAAGAAUGUUGUUGCUCAGAAUCUGGAAUGUCCUGUAUGUCUGAACAGCUUCACCGAUCCCAAGAUCCUGUCAUGUUCUCACACCUACUGCAAAACCUGUCUGAAAAACCUCUUGAAAUGCCAUGGUAAUGACCAGAUGCUCCGAUGCCCUAUCUGCAGAGCUGAAACCAAGGUCCCAAACCAAGAUGUCAGCAAAUUACCGGCUAAUCUAGCUUUGAAGUCUCUCAUAGAUGACGUGAGGGAUCAAUAUCAGUUUUGCACGAAUUGUGAAUCCGAGGACAAACCCCAAGCUGUUGUCUACUGUCAAGACUGUGGCACGUAUCUCUGUAUCACUUGUCACAAGACACACUCUCAGUGGAAACAAUUCAUCAGUCAUGAGGUCUUAGCCAUAGGUGAGAUCGUAUCAGGGAAGGUGUCAGUACGCAGGUAUCAUAAAUGCAGAAAACACCCUAAAGAAGAUGAGGAGUGCUUCUGUUCCGACUGCAGGAGAUUCGCCUGCUUCAGGUGUGUUGUCAUGGAUCAUACAAAGGAAGGACAUGGGGUCAUCGAGGCAGCUGUUUAUGAAGGCAACCAUAUGAAGAGUAUCCAGGACCUCAAAUCCAAGACGGACAAGAAACGCUCUUCCUUUCAGAAAUACGUUGAUUUCAUUGAUGAACAGAAGGAGCGCGUGAGCAAUGUUCAGAAGCAGUGUACAGAUGAUAUCAAUAAAGUAUACGAAGAAUCAGUCCGGCCGUUGACAGAAAAGAAAGAACUCCUCAUUGGUGAAGUCAAGGGUAGGACUGAAGAAGUAAAGACAGAACUGGACCAAAUGAAGAAAUCGACUCAGGAGCACAUCACUCACUUGAUCACCGCAGCUGACAUGAUAACCACUAGAACAAAGAUACCGUUAGAUAUGGAUGCUUUGGCUGCACACGACACUCUAUGUCAAGACUUACAAGAGGCUUUGAAACAAGAAGAUCCUGACUACAGGCAGCCGAGGCAAUCGAGCAAGAAAGGAAAAAGUGUCAGUUUCAAGAGUAACGUUGGAAUGGACGAGCUAGUUCUCGGUAAGAUCGUAAAUACAGUUGCAAAGAACAUCGCUUUGCCUGCUAAGGAUAGCAUGAAAGCCGCGGUUGUUACACCAGGUGGUAGGAUGGCAGUGGGAUGUCACACAGGUGGCGUAGAAAUCUUCUCUGCUGAUGGCCAGCUCCAGCAGACAGUUUUCAAGAAUGUUAAGAUUCGUGGAGUAGGAUUUCUCUCUGAUAAUCGGUACGUUACACUUGAUGGCUCAAACAAUAUCUCACUGUACAGACUAGACUACACAAAGUUGAAUGUAAUGUUUAAGACUCUGAGUGACAUUGACGGUGGAAUGGCUAACAUCACUGUAGAUAGUGAAGAUCAGAUCUAUGUUAGCUACCAGAAAGCCCAGAAGAUCCAGGUAUUCUCACCAGCAGGUGGGAAGGUGAUCAGGGAGAUACCAUGUUUUGGGUAUAUACCUAAGCAGAUUACUAGCUAUAAUAAUUACCUUAUCACCGCAUCCUGGGAUACAAUAAGAUUGAUUGACAAACAAAGUGCUGUAAAAUAUAAUCUAAAGACAUUAGGUGUGAGCCCAUAUGCUGCUGUUUCUCAAUGGAACACAAUCCUGAUAGCCACUGUGAAGCACGAUGUAGGUUUAGUCAGCAUUGAUGAGUACACUAACGAGCUGAAGCAUGUCCAGAACCUUGUCUUGGAUUACAAGAUUGGGAAGCCUAAGAGAGAGUGGUACUAUCUCCAGCAGUACCGAUCAGGAGAGAUCGCUUUCUGCACUCCCGAUAGACUCUAUUUAUAUCCCAAUAGCCGAUAUUCCACUGAAAAUAAUGGAUGACUCCCCAUUUCUUGCACUGCAUGAUACCACUGUAUUCAGGCCCGUAGGAAGAGGGGGCGGUGCGAUGUGUGCGCCUAUAGACCUCUUUUUUUCCUGGUCAAAACAGGCACGUUGAAAAAUUAAGAGUAACAUAAUAUUUCGUUGAAAAAAAGAUGGACCCAUCACUCUCCCUUUUAAUUUUGUUCAAAAAAAAAAGAGUGGAUAUGUGAGAGCUUUAAUGAGCAUGUGUGUGUGUUAGAGAGAACGAGAAUAUGGGUCCGUUUUGUAAGUUGGUGAGUGCGUGUGAGUGAUUAUACUAGUUUCACUUGUUCUUUCUUGUUAAAUUUGUCAAAUAUCUGCAAAAACAGAUCGAUAACAUAGCAACUAUAUUGGGGUCACCCCGUCUCGCCAAAACCAAUCUAAAAUUAGAAUGACAUGUAUCUUCUAUAAAGAGGCCUGUUUUUCUGUGACUUCAUAAAGUCAUUAUACAUAAAAUCCAGUGGAAUCAGUUAUAUUUUGAACUAGAUGAAAUAGAGUUUUGGUGAAUAUUUUAGAAAUGACAUUCCUAGACCAUGUAGAUCAAUUUUGAAUGAUUGAACCUUUCUAAAAUAAAAAGAAAGUAACCUUUCUUUUAAUAUACUUCUGACGUACGUAUUUUUCAAGAUUUUGUUGUUGAUGAUGAAUCUUCAUGUGACUUUUUUUGGUAGCUGUUAUAAAUGUGUAAAUAAUGAUGUAGACACAAUUCAAUUGUGGACUAUUUUCCAGGCGGAGAUAAUAAUUUUGGUGAUGGACUCUAUAUGUACUGCCGUUUAAUACAAAUAGUUGUUUUUUUCUUCAUUUAAUAUGAUGCGUUUCAGAUCACUGUCAACCUAGAUGUUAUUUUUUACCCAGAAUCAUGAGAGGAAAUGCCACUUUGUCAAAAAAAACUUCCAUGUCUUACAAUUUCUCGAGUUGCGUAAAAAGAUUUCGAGACACUUGAAAGGCGAUCUAUUGAUUGUAUGAUAUACGCUAUAAAAGUAAUGAAAACCAAAUAUCAAAAUAAGGAUUUAUGUUUGAAUAUGAUUGACUGUGAUAUCUUGUAUUUUAUUUUCGAUGUUUACUUUCCGUCUGGCAAAGUUCAUGGGAGAAAUGACAUGGGAUUUGACGGAAAUAUCCGAUUCAUUUAUUCACUUUUUGGAGAUAUUAAAUUUUGUCUGUGUUUCCAUUUAGAGUAAAUGGUCUUUAAAAAGUUUUGAGAAAAAUCUGAACAGCUGUGAUUUUACAUUACUAUUUUUCCACAGUGUAUGAAACAAAUACACUAUAUUAUCAUCAAAACUGUAUUCACAAAAAAUGAAGAUAUGUUUUGACAUUUUCGGACGUAAAACGCUGGCUUGACACGUGUUUCGUUUCGUCUAGCUGUGUAAUGAGGAGGAGGAGUCUGUGAGGCGAGGGUAAUAACUUCGCUUUUCCGUCACGCUUUACCAUUUUAUCAACAGCAACAGAAGAAAGAUGUUUUAAAGAAAGAUGUUUCAGAGGGUUUGCCAACUCGGCUUCAACCGACAUAAUGAUAAACCACGAUUUCAAACUAAUUAACUAAGCAAACAUAAAAAGUAAUUAAAACAAAAACAACUUAUAGUUAUUCUUGCAAAAUAUUAAUCUAAUUUGAACUUUUUGUUUUUUCAUUGAUCUAUUGUACUUUAUCAUGCACUGUGAUGUGUAUUUCUUUGUGGUAGUAAUGUUGUGUUUGGUCCCUGCAUUAUAAUCUGGUACAAACUUUAACUGUUAAUUAUAUCUUCUUUAAGUCGGCCGCUUAUAAAGUUCCCUUUCUUUCUGGCUGCUACCUUCCAAGCAAUUUUGACAUUUGUGUACCAAUGGCAAUGCAUUUACAUGUAUUCUAUUAUUUUUUAUUUUACAA